AUGGCCGCCCAACCGCCCAAACCGCGUCCCCCUCCCCCCGUAACAACCUCCCCCUAUCCCUUCGCGGCCGCCCCCGACAUCAUUCGCGCGCACCAAAAAGAUGCCUACUUCCAGGGCGUACUCGCCAACCAGCUCUCUGAUCUACACCGUCGUCUGCGCGGCGCCCGCGCCGCACACUCUUGGGCGACCGAAACCCGCGCCUUAGCCGACGCCCUCUACCUGUGCCUGACCACGCUCAUCGGGAACCGCACGCUAGGCGAAGAAUACUGUGACCUGGUGCAGGUCGAGGCGCCCUCCCCUAAACCAGCACCAUCCGGUUCAGCCUUAUCCUUAACAGAUUCAAAAUCCCCCGAAGACGACGGCUCUGGCGGCCCUCUCCUCCCCUCCCUCCCCCGGCGAGCAGGCUACAUCCUGACCUCCGUCCUGAUCCCCUACCUCUUCAACCGCCUCCUGCCCCGUGCACGCACCGCGCUACGCAAAAAAUUGCACUCCCGACUCACAACCAUCGUCCGACAAGGCCGCGACCAGACACGCUUCGGGCAGCCCAGCACCGAGUACCGCGUCCUGCGCUACCUCCUCACUCACCUCUCCUCGCUCACAAACGCCGCUCACCUGCACGCGGUCACCCUCGCAAUCUUUUACUUCACCGGCGCGUACUACUCACUCUCCAAACGCAUCUGGGGACUGCGGUACGUGUUUACACGACGGAUCGACCCCAACGCGGGCGGUCGAGCGGGGUACGAGGUGCUGGGCGUGUUGUUGGUAAUUCAGAUGGUUGUGCGGGGAUGGUUGCACAUCAAGCAACAAAUCCUCGGGUCCGGCGCCGCACAGCAACAGUCCGAGGACGAUGAUCCUGAUUUCCGCGAGCGCGGCAUCUUAGCUCCCUCGGCAAUGGUCGACGUCUCCCUAGACGAACACGCUCUUACCUCCAACAACUCCCUCCUCUCCCCAGACGCCACCGCCGGCGGGGGCACAUCCGGCAACCAGCGUUCCCUGGCCGAAAUCGGGCAAACAACACACACCCCUGUGCCAAAGGGUAACCGGGCGAGGUUCGACCUGUCCUUACCGCCUGCUGACCCGGAAAAGGGGCUCGUCAUGGGAUGGAUCAAGGGGUCCGCGCAAAGGAUGUGCACGCUGUGUCUGGAGGGGCUUAGGGAUCCCGCUGCGACGCCGUGCGGUCAUGUGUUUUGCUGGAGGUGUAUCGGGGAUUGGGUUAGGGAGAAGCCGGAGUGUCCGUUGUGUAGGAGGGAGGCGUUGGCGCAGCAGAUUUUGCCGUUGAGGGCACCGUGA